AUAUUGAAGUUCAUCAAGGGUUGGGACACAAGCCUCUGCACAGAUUGCAGCUGUUACUACUAGAAAUUAAUUUUCGCAGGAGCUUGUCUGGCUAUUCCUUCUGUCUCUGCUUCAGUGCGAGUGUGUUGUCUUUGCUGUCUGCAAUCGCUCUGUGUUUUUGGGAUUACUAUCUCGCCAUCGCGCAGGGAUUUGCAGAACAUGGUGAUCAAAGUUUACAUAGCAUCGUCCUCCGGGUCGACAUCGAUCAAGAAACAGCAGCAGGAUGUCAUGGGAUUCCUGGAGGUCAACAAGAUCCAGUUCGAGGAGUGUGAUAUCGCCAACAGUGAGGAGAACAGGAAAUGGAUGCGGGAGAACGUGCCGGUAGAAUCCAGACCCACUACGGGAAACCCUCUGCCUCCUCAGAUCUUUAAUGAAGAACGAUAUUGUGGGAACUAUGAGGACUUUUUUAAUGCCAGAGAAGACAACAUUGUCUAUGCAUUUCUAGGCUUGAUUGCUCCACCGGGGUCAAAGGAGGCGGAGGCUGCCGCUAAGAAAGGACUGCAGUAGUCUCUUUCUUUCUUUCUCUCUCUAUCCCGGCGCCUUUUCACUCCUAUCUCUCUAUCCACCCACCGCGCUGUCGCUGAUGUUUCUGGUACUGCAGCUCAGCCCAGGAGAACCUCUCCACUCCAACCUGCAUCUACAAACAGAUCCUGAACAAGAAAAAGAAAUCACAUAGGCUUAGCAUCUGCCCCAGUUUGAGCAGGCCUACAUUCCUCCGUAACAAUCCUCUGUGCUGUUGUUUCUGUCACUAAACAUGAAUGCCUUCUAACGUUGUUCACACGUGUUAUUGUUUGUCUGUAGAGUAGAAACGCAGGUAAUAGGGCUAACGGAUAGUAUCAUGUAGCUUUUAUUAGCGAUUCGGUUUUCUUUUGUCCACCACCGUCCAUGAUUGUCAGAAUAACUACCAAUAAUGAAUGUGUGUUUUGGUGAGCUUAUUCAGUCAGACAACAAUAUGUGGUCAGACUUCCAGACUAGUAAAAUCAUGUGUAUGUCCUGUUACCUGUGACACAUUGUAUUAAGGAUACAAGACCUAGUGCCUCUAUCAAAACAAUGCGCAAUCCGUUGAAUAUUUGUAGCAUUCAAAUAAAAAAAUAAUAAAAAAGAGUGAAAAUUAACCCUUUGCUUGUAAUAACACCUGGGACUGGUCCAUACCUAAGCAUUUAGUAGAAGUCAAAGGGCUACUAUGACAAUGAUAUGUAACAGUCUCUCCAGUUUGACCAGGUCCUGGUCACAUUGGAGCCGACUGCGGUAGUCUUAAUUGUGCUUUUUGUACGAAUAUUUUUGUGUAUAUCACUAUGUGUCUAUUUUGCUUCUGUUAUUUGUACUCUCUUUGUUAAUUGUGCACAAUUUUCUACUUGAUGGGGAAAUAGAAGAAAGAAUGAUAAAAUACAACGAAGAUGAAGAACAUGCCAAAAAAAUGAAUGAAUAUGUUAUGAAAGGGAGCAGAGAAAUAAAACAUGGUAUUGUGAUCUGA